UGAUUUUGCAUUUCCGGGAGGAAGACUGUUUUGUUUGAAAACAGUCUUCCUUCCUGUCAGCUCGAGCACACUGCUCGGGAUGGAUGUGCACAGCACAGCCAUCCCAAGCAGUGUCCUUACAGUAAAGCACACCCCCCGCCCCCUAGUAAAAUACUCCCAGCACAUAAUUAACCCUUUGAUCCCCCCUCACAUUAACCCAUUCUUGCCCAGUGCCAUUAGUACAGUGUCUGUGCUUUUUUUUUUUUAGCACUAAUCACUGUAUUGGUGUCACUGGGGAUGUCAGUGACACCAAGUUAGUUCCCCCCCAGGGUCAGAAUGUCCUGCAAACUCGCUAAAA